UCGGAGUCCUACAUUUGCUGAAUCCGGCGGGUGCGUCGCCAUUUAUCUCUAGAGUUUCGAUCGGGCCAAUGGGGGCGGCCUUUGGGGCGGCCUUUGGGGCGGCCCAGCUGCAUGCACAGCGUCCGUGGAGGUACUCCCGCAGCUAUCACAGACAGCCACAAUAAUCGAGGCUAGCCUACCCGUACAGUUUCGAUGGAAUAGAAUUAGCUGAUAAUUUAGGGUGAUGUCACGGCAAGUGUGGCUCGCAAGGCUGGCCCCAUGUGUCUUCAAACUAUGAACACAGGCGCAUUCGACUAUAUCCGACCCCUCGCAAGGUUGACCUGAAUGGCCACCAUGGCAUAUAUAGUCUUCGGGAUGCAAGGACGAUAUUACUCACCAAUUUUUGCCCCCUUCUGUUAAUAGCUCGUAUACAUCUAUCCACCACCAACCUUCACGAUGCGCAGCCUUGUGGGCGUCGCUUCCUUGCUGGGGCUAUCGACAAUGCUAGUCCACGGGUUGGUACCAACGCGCAGGCAAACUUCAACUUCAUUCGCAGGCAGUAAUGAGUACUUUCUCCAUGCGCUUUCUGCAUCCGAGCAGAAGGAGUAUGUCGAAACUCUUGCUGGAUGGGGCGCUAAGGUCCUGAGGCUGUGGGCGACGAACGUUGCCACAGGGUGCUUGAAGGGCAGCACCAUCGAGAAUUCUGUGCCACCUUUCGAGUCGACGGUCGGUCUGUACGAUACCACCGUUCUAGCCAAGCUCGACGACACUCUCAAACUGCUGCACGACAACGGAAUGAAGGCAAUCAUAUCUCCCCACAACGCCAAUACACUGGGCGGCAGCGCAGGGUGCGAUGCAUACUGCCAAAAGUAUGGCGACGCACCUACCUUCUAUUCUUCAUCCGACGCCAAAGCCGACUACGACAACAGACUCAACGAGAUGCUAAACUAUCAGUCACCAAACUUUGGCAAAGCCUGGAAAGAUAUGGAAGAGGUCAUUAUGGCUUUCGACCUCCAGAACGAGCCGCUGAUCGGGCAAAUCGACCAGUUGAACGCCAAUGACCCAGACGACUGGCUAUGUGGCCGCGCUGGAGCAUUACAAAGUGCUCUUGGGUCCUCUAACAUCAAGGUUGCCACAGGCGGCGUCGGCGGCUCUCACUACUGCUGUGACCACGAGUUCAAUACGCUGGAGAAGGCCAUGCAGUGCGAUGCCAUCGAUAUCAUCAGUAUGCACGGAUACAUGAGCAAGGCGUCCGACUGGGCCUACUACAUCACCGGCGAUAGGGAAGUCUUGAGCGGAGCGAGAGCUGCAGGCAAAAACAUCAUGAUGGAAGAGUGGGGCGUCUCGGUCGACUACCAGGAUUCAUUCGACACGCAGGUCCAAGUGUUCAAUGAUGCUGGAGUUCCUUGGUUGUACUGGCAGAUUGUUCCUGGCUUGGAUGGCUCUGAAGCUGGAGCGCCGUCUAGUUGUGGUUAUGAUAGCUUCGAGAUUGGCUUGGGUAGCUCAAAGGGCGAUGUCGCUGGAGGAAUUGCUGCAGCGAACUCGGCUUCGGCAGCGCAAUCUUGGGCGGGCUAUUUUUGAUGAAGCCAAUUUGGCUCGCGAGUGUUUUCAUAGUUGCUCUUCCUUUCGUUGAUGUAUUUCUCCAAUUUUGAAAGUGUAGGGUUUGGCAAGCGCGUGCCAUUCCCUCGUGCCACUCCUUAGAUAGACUGUGACAUUCAGAAGUCAUGAAGUAAGCGACUCAUUCCACUGGCAUAGGUCGUGUAUCCAGAAACAACGUCAUCAAACUAAAUGCGUUUCUCUCUCGG